CCCUGACGCCCACCCCCCCCACUUGUUUUGUUUUGUACGCUGCUGCUCCUCGCUGUUUAUUACCUAUGCAUAAUCACUUCAGCCCUACCUACAUGUACAAAUUACCUCGACUGACUCGGUACUGGUACCCCCUGUAUAUAGCCUCGUUAUUUUAUUGUGUUACUUUUUAAAAUUGAUUUUUUACUUUAGUUCAUUUGGUAAAUAUUUUUUUCUUGAACUGCACUGUUGGUUUAAGGGCUUGUAAAGUAAAGCAUUUCAAGGUCUAAAACGUGUUGUAUAUUCGGCACACGUGACAAAUAAAGUUGUUGAUUUGAUAUCAUUCUGCCAGGUAGGCAUACUUUAGGCUACUUUGUAGCUAGUUAACAUUUAAUUGUCCCCGUUCUACAGUCAUAUGAAUGGACGAGCUUUGACACUGUCAUGAUGUAUAAAAACAUGGGAUAUACUGUAUGUCCAACCCACCGAUAGAGAAGGUGAUCUACGUUGUCUGUAAUCUGUCAUAUUGUUUCGGCUGAUGGCUGAUAGUGUUGUUCGGAUAAGCUUAUUCAUUGUGUUGUUCCAUGUCUCAUUGUGGGUUUUAAUGAACUGCUGCCAGAGUUCAGUCACAGCAGGACAGACUACGGGACUGUUCAUUAGGGCACACAGUAGGAACAUAUUUUGCAACAAAAUAGGAAAGUGUUUCUGAUGGGACAAGUCCAGGUAGUUCCUCCCCAUUUCAGUCUGUUUUUCUUUCACUUGGGUGCCUAAUGAACACAACCCACCCCUCUUCUCUCCUCUCCUAGUGGUACAGCCCACCCCUCUUCUCUCCUCUCCUAGUGGUACAGCCCACUCCUCUCUCCCAGUCAGUGUCUGAAAUGGAACCCUAUUCCCUAUGUAGUGCGCUACUUUUGAUGGCUCUAGUCCCAAAGUAGUGCACAAUGUAGGGAAUAGGGUGUUAUUUGGUGCACAGUCCCAGUGUGGGAACUGUCCCUCAGCCUAUCCAGGGUGAAUUCCAGGAAGGGCCAGAAGCAGUACAGGAGAUGCACUCUGUUCCCAGUGAGCCCCAGCUCAACUUCCCCCCAUUCAAACACUUUCUCUAACACACACACACACACACUUCACUGUGCUGUGGCUGUUGCCUUUCGUGUGGUAAUUCAGGGGCUAUUUCUGAUCUGCUUGUGACAAGUUAAAGUAGUAGGACGGAGACCUGACUGGUGGGUUCUUGUUAAAGUAGUAGGACAGAGACCUGACUGGUGGGUUCUUGUUAAAGUAGUAGGACAGAGACCUGACUGGUGGGUUCUUGUUAAAGUAGUAGGACGGAGACCUGACUGGUGGGUUCUUGUUAAAGUAGUAGGACAGAGACCUGCCUGGUGGGUUCUUGUUAAAGUAGUAGGACGGAGACCUGACUGGUGGGUUCUUGUUAAAGUAGUAGGACAGAGACCUGACUGGUGGGUUCUUGUUAAAGUAGUAGGACAGAGACCUGACUGGUGGGUUCUUGUUCAAGUAGUAGGACAGAGACCUGACUGGUGGGUUCUUGUUAAAGUAGUAGGAACGAGACCUGACUGGUGGGUUCUUGUUCAAGUAGUAGGACAGAGACCUGACUGGUGGGUUCUUGUUCAAGUAGUAGGACAGAGACCUGACUGGUGGGUUCUUGUUAAAGUAGUAGGACAGAGACCUGACUGGUGGGUUCUUGUUAAAGUAGUAGGACAGAGACCUGACUGGUGGGUUCUUGUUAAAGUAGUAGGACAGAGACCUGACUGGUGGGUUCUUGUUCAAGUAGUAGGACAGAGACCUGACUGGUGGGUUCUUGUUAAAGUAGUUGCUUGUUAUGGCAAGUGCUUGGCAUCUGACUGUAAGUCUUUACAAAGGGUACUGCGUACGGCCCAGUACAUCACUGGGGCCAAGCUCACUGCCAUUCAGGAACUCUGUACCAGGCGGUGUCAGAGGAAGGUCCUAAACAUUGUAAAAGACUCCAGCCUCCCAAGUCAUAGACUGUUCUCUCUGCUACCACACGGCAAGCGGUACUGAUGCACCAAGUCUGGAACCAACAGGAGGACCCUGAACAGCCUCUACCCCCAAGCCAUUAGACUACUAAAUAGUUAAAUAUUUAGCCAAAUAGCUACGCAGACUAUCUGCAUUGACCCUUUUUUGCACUCAUUUUCUGGGUUCAUCACAUACGCUGCUGCUACUGUUUAUUAUCUGUCACUUUAUUCCUAGUUAUCUAUCAUGUUUCAGGUCAGACCCAGAUGCAGACAUCGUCGAAGUAACAACAGUUUACUCAUUUAACAGGGGCAGGCAAAAGGCAGGCAAAGGUCAAUAAUUUAGAUAGGUGGGGAAAAGGUACAGGACGGCAGGCAGGCUCAGGGUCCGGGCAGGCAGAAUCGUCAACACCGGGUAAACUAGGUAAUAGGAACAAUCGAGAGACAGAAGCAGAGGGCAAAAGGCUGGUAGGCUUGACGAAACAAAACUAACUGGCAACAGACAAACAGAGAACACAGUUAUAAAUACACAGGGAAACAGGAGACAAAGGCUGUGCGACAUGGGUUUAACUCUGGACACGUGAAAGGUAGGAUGUAUACGAAGGGUACGGAGGAACAGAAGACAAACAGCAGAGGAGCUAAUGACUUUGGAGAUGGGAAAUGGGCCAAUAAACGGGGGGAGAGUUUGCGGGAUUCCACCUGGAGGGGCAGAUCUCUGGUGGACAGCCCGAGACAAUACCUAAUAAUAGCAAUACAACAAUACCUAAUAGCCUAUACCGGAGAGCCGAGGUCCGGUGGCGAUCUGCUUGUCAUCGAUGCCUGGAGGUGGUCUUGAGGAGGGCCGACCGGGCUCUCCUCCAGGUAUGACGACAGCAGAGGACAAACGUCUGGGCAGAAGGUAUGCCAACCUCUUCUUCCUGCUCAGGGAAGAUCGGGGGCUGAUACCCCAGGGAACACUCAAAAGGAGAUAGGCCCGUGGCAGAGCAGGAAAGGGUGUUGCGGCUGUAUUCGACCGACACAAGCUGCUGGCUCCAGGUGGUGGGUUUGGUGGAGACCAGGCAGCGCAGAGUAGUCUCUAGGUCCUGGUUGGCUUGCUCCGACUGGCCAUUAGAAGUCUUGGGGUUCCGGGGUAGAGGUCGGGGGCUAUAGCGGCGUGACAGUGCAUCCGGCUUGACAUUCUUGGUAUGCGGGAAAAGUUGAAGCAUGUGUGAACAGCAGGGCCCAUCUAGCUUGCCUGGAGUUGAGGCGCUUGGCUCUGCGGAGGUACUCCAGGUACUUGUGGUCGAUCCACAUGAUGAACGAUGUUCUGCCCUUUCCAGCCAGUGCCUGCAUUCCUCCAACGCCAUCCUUACCGUGAGAAGCUCACUAUUCCCCACAUCGUAGUUCUUCUCCGUGGCGAUGGGAGAAGAAGGCACAGGGAUUUAGUUUGAGGUCCAGGGCAGAACGCUGGGACAGGACAACCCCAACUCCGACAUCCAAAGCAUCGGCAUCCACCACGAAUUGACGGGAUGGGUCAGGAUGAACCAAGAUGGGAGCUGUGGUGAAGCAAUGUUUGAGGUCUGAGAACGCCCGGUCAGCAGCUGGAGACCAUGUGAACGGAACCUCGGGCGAGUUGAGUGCUGACAGAGGGGGAAACCAGGGUGCUGCAACCCCGAAUAAAGUGGCGAUAGAAGUUGGCAAACCCCAGGAAACGUUGCAGCUGCACCCUGGAAGUAGGCUGGAGCCAAUACACCACCGCUCUCACCUUCCCAGGAUCCAUUUGUACACUCCUAGUGGAGAUGAUCUACCCCAGAAAGGGGAUAGUGGAGCGAUGGAACUGGCACUUUUCUGCUUUUACAAACAGCUGGUUCUCAAGGAGGCGUUAGAGAACCUGUCAAACGUGCAGCACAUGUUCUUGGGUGGAGCGGGAGAAGACGAGGAUGUAGUUGAGGUAGACAAAAACGUACUGUUUCAACAUGUCACAGAGAACAUCAUUAACCAGAGCCUGGAACACAGCAGGGGCAUUGGUAAGGCCAAAUGGCAUGACCAGAUACUCGUAGUGACCGUUGGCUGUGUUGGUCUCUGGUUCCGACAGAGAGUACAGUCGUCCUUGGGGCGGAAUAGUGCUAGGGAGAAGGUCAAUCCCUCAGUCAUAUGGUCGGUGCGGCGGAAGCGAAGUGAUGGCACCAGUAGACCAUUUAAUGAGGGGAGUCGCUGGAGCAGGAGAAUCCCAAUACCACAGGAAUCUGUGGAGACUUAAUGAGCAGGAACUGGAUAGCCUCGCUGUGGUUCCCUGACACAUGUAGAUUGAUGGGAGUGGUGUUGUGGGUGACCCGGCCUAUAGAGCGCCCGUCCAGCACUCUAACAUCCAUGGGAAUGGAGAGAGGCUGAGUGGGGAUGCCCAGCUCGGAAGCCAGGGUAGAGUCCAAAAAGCUCUCAUCGGCUCCAGAGUCGAGGAGGACCUGGAGAGAUUUCGACUCGUUUCCCCACAGCAGAAUGGCAUGAAACGGAGUGCGAGUAAUGGUUGCAGAAACGUUAUCCAUAUGUCCCACCAGAGUACUCGAUCCUACCAGUGAGCCUGGUCUUUGAACAGACCCUGUAUAGCCAUUCCGCUGGAGACAGCCCAACUCUGCCUAAUUGCUCGGGAAACGUUGACUCGGCCGUCUUUGGCAACUCUUCGGGGUACCUCGGGUAGCCUUGGGUUCCCUCGGCAGCGGGGCCGUCGGGGACUUCCGGGAUGCCUCGGAGGCGAAGUAACCUCCUCGGACGGGCGAAAUCGAAUCUCCUCUCCCUCCGUCAUUCCCGUAGUCGCCCAUCGAUCCUGAGGCCAUGAGGGAAUCGAGAUCCGUUGGUAAUUCUGCACGGUCCUUGACCUCCUCCGAGACUCCGUGUAGGAACAUGUCAAACAGCACUUCCUGGUUCCAGGCACUCUCGGCUGCCAACGUGCGGAAAUCCACUGCAUAGUCUGCCACACUGCUGGAGUCCUGCCGAAGCUGGACUAGCCUCCUGGCAGUCUCUCUCCCUGACCUCUCCCACGAACUCUUCCAGACUCCUCCUCCCAUACGGCAAGCGCCCACCCAGACAUCAGCAUGAUAAGGUACGCUAUCGUAGAGCGGUCCGAGGGGAAAGAGGAGGGCUGAAGCUCGAAGAUGAGAGCCCACUGAGCUAGAAAUGCUCGACAGGUGCCCGGCUCUCCGUUGAAGCAUUCUGGGGGGCGUGGCUUUAACUCAGUACUGGUACCCCAGGUAUAUAGCCAUGUUAUCAUUGACUCAGUACUGGUACCCUGUGUAUAUAACCAUGUUAUCAUUGACUCAGUACUGGUGCUCUGUGUAUAUAGCCAUGUUAUCAUUGACUCAGUACUGGUACUCUGUGUAUAUAACCAUGUUAUCAUUGACUCAGUACUGGUACUCUGUGUCUAUAACCAUGUUAUCAUUGACUCAGUACUGGUACUCUGUGUAUAGUACCAUGUUAUCAUUAACUCAGUACUGGUACUCUGUGUAUAGUACCAUGUUAUCAUUGACUCAGUACUGGUACUCUGUGUAUAUAGCCAUGUUAUCAUUAACUCAGUACUGGUACUCUGUGUAUAGUACCAUGUUAUCAUUAACUCAUUACUGGUACUCUGUGUAUAUAGCCAUGUUAUCAUUGACUCAGUACUGGUACUCUGUGUAUAGUACCAUGUUAUCAUUAACUCAGUACUGGUACUCUGUGUAUAUAGCCAUGUUAUAAUUGACUCAGUACUGGUACUCUGUGUAUAUAGCCAUGUUAUCAUUGACUCAGUACUGGUACGCUGUGUAUAUAGCCAUGUUAUCAUUGACUCAGUACUGGUACUCUGUGUAUAUAGCCAUGUUAUCAUUGACUCAGUACUGGUACUCUGUGUAUAGUACCAUGUUAUCAUUGACUCAGUACUGGUACUCUGUGUAUAUAGCCAUGUUAUCAUUAACUCAGUACUGGUACUCUGUGUAUAUAGCCAUGUUAUCAUUGACUCAGUACUGGUACUCUGUGUAUAGUACCAUGUUAUCAUUGACUCAGUACUGGUACUCUGUGUAUAGUACCAUGUUAUCAUUGACUCAGUACUGGUACUCUGUGUAUAGUACCAUGUUAUCAUUGACUCAGUACUGGUACUCUGUGUAUAGUACCAUGUUAUCAUUGACUCAGUACUGGUACUCUGUGUAUAGUACCAUGUUAUCAUUGACUCAGUACUGGUACUCUGUGUAUAGUACCAUGUUAUUGUUACUCAUUGUGUAUUUAUUAUGAAGUUAUUUUACUUUUCUAUUAUUUCUCUAUUUUCUUUCUCUCUGUAUUGUUGGGAACGACCUGUAACUAAAUAAUUUCCCUGUUAGUCUACACCUGUUGUUUACGAUGAAUGUCACGAAUAAAACUUGAUUUCAAUUUGAUUAUCUUAAUUGUAUUACCCUGUUUGAGUUUUCAAACAUUUUCUGAAGUUUAUAAUUUCCACUUUAAAAUAUCAGAUUUGAUUUGCCCUAACAAAAAAUAUAUAAGACCCUUACAAAAAAAUGUUUAUUUUAUAUUUAUAAUCCACAUAAUAAUUCCCAUUUCCUGUUGCUGCAGCAUUAUUUCCUCGCUGUGAGAAACUGGUCAAAUGACGAUCCUACAUCUGUAGCAGCCUGCAGUAGGCUACAUAAUAACUGAAACCAGAUAUCUGUCUUUUCCUGCUCUUUCUUUCUGUGACCAUCUCUCUCCAGUCCUCUCUUAGGGUUGUUAGGAAGCCUUCUUGUCUAGCUUUCUACUAGUCAUUAUUAAUUGUGAUAGAUUUUUUUUCAACGUUUACCAACAGUAGACUGGAAGAUAAACGCCUGAAACCUGAUACCUGUCGGGCGAAGGCUAUCUACAUUUACCUCUGUCUCAGUCUGUGACCAUCUCUCCAGUCCUCUGGUUGGCUACUGCUGGAACUUGACAACUGUCUUGUAACAAUGUUUCCAUUUUUCAAACUCAGUGGACAAAACAGAGAACUCAGCAUAAAAUGGCAACAUUUGUAGCUACUCAGGAAAUGACAGAAAUUCGAUUUUUGAAUUUAAGUGUAUAAAAACCAAAACAAUGACUGAUGACUGUUAUUCUCCAAAGGAAAUGUUGAAAAUACAGGAUCAUACAUACAACUUCAAAGACAAUUUAUCACAUAAAAUUCUGCACAGGGUUUUGAGUUGUUUCUUCUUGCAGAGUCUACAUCUGGAUACAGUUUAGGUAGCCUUCACAUCAGCUAUAGUGGACCAAACCAAUCUUUAAAAAAAUAUAUAUAUCUGAAUAAACACGCCUACUAAACCUAAUUAUAAAACAUAUCAAGUGAUGUAAAGGGACUUGUUUUAUACAUAUUAGAUGAGAGAUUGAAUUAUACUAUGGUUGUCUUUUUCGCUUACAAAGAUCUGCUGCCCCUGCUGUUUCUACCCCCCCUCUGCAUCUGACCAUUUGGUAUCGCCGCAACAAGUCGCUGUGUACGGAGUCUCUCAGCCGAGAGAGAGAGAGAGGUAGCUGCGCCCCGUCUGACUGCCAAACACCGAAGAGAAACGCUCUACGGGACUUUUAAACGAGGACUUUGAGAAGUUUCAUCCGCGCGUUUUUAUUGACGCAUUUCAUCAUUUAUUUACAUGAUUGCUUCGUGGCAUACCGGAUCCGUUGUAAACGAGCGCCAAGGGAAUAUACGGUAUACAUCGAAAGGGUUGGUUCGGGUUGGUUACAUACCUGUGUUGACAUCGAUCUUCGCUCCGCAUGCUGUAUGGUAUGCUCCACCGGCUAGUUUAAACAGCAUAUCAAGGUAAUCAGCCGUAACUUACAGCGAGUGAUCUGUUGGAAUGCACUGAGAGCAACGAGGUCACUUGGGACACACCUGACAUGGAGGUCAAGGGUCAUCUCAUCUCAGUACCUGACCUGCUGGGUGGCAGUCCGGAGGCAGGUGAAAGGAUGACAGAACUGCAGGAGAGAAGACGCAGUCUAGAGACUCUACUGAAUAGCAGACUGGCUGAGCUACGGAGAGUCUGUCUUCAGGAGGCGGAGUUGACAGGAGAGCUUCCUGGUGAUUUCCCCCUGGAGGCUGGUGAGAGACGCCCCAACGUACGCCGACGGGUCGGAUCCUACCGCCACGGACCCAAGACUAUUAUAAAGACAGAGGAGGAAGUAUGUCAGAGGAAGCAGAAGAAGACGCUGUUCAGCGGUGCCCUGAGACGCCGUGUAGACUCUGAUCAGCACCCAACGCACAGCAAGAGGACCGUACACAGAGGAUGUCACACGGAUGACACGGUGAACUCCGAGAGCAGCUCCACGUCUGAUUCUACAGGGGACCAUGACAACGAUGAGUCUUCGGGUGUGGCCCCUGACUGUCUGUCCCCGUCUCGGCCCCAGCUGUCCACUGGUAAUGGUAAUGGAAGCAGCAGUAAUCCAGACAGCAGGCUGUGUAGGAAGCUUUCUCCUGUUGAGAUCUAUUAUGCGAUGAGGACCACCACGCAGCACAGCUCACUGGCCCUCUCUGCCAGAAGCAAUAUGGAGGGAAGAAGUGUACCUACCACUCCCCUCUUCGCUCGGAACGGACCAACAGGUGUCCACAACCACAUCAGGUCAGCGAUAUCCACAGUGACGACUACCAAGCAGUGGUCAGACAAUCCAGAGGCGGCCCAGGUGGUUCCUCAUCAGUCUCAGGUCGGCGGCCCCUCCCCUGGCCCCUCCUCUGGCCCCCCGUCAGGGUCUUAUGAGCAGGGAGGAGGAGGAGGGGGAGGCGGGGGUUACAGUGAUAUCCUGAUGGACUAUGUAUGGGGGAAGCAACAGCAGCAGAGACAGGUCCAACAGGUCCAUGGCAAUGGAAAGUUCCCUUCCUCUGUCCCUGUACCUCCUCCUUCUCACUUCAACGGCUACCCCCACCCCCAGGGACAUCCCCCGGGGCCCCAGCACGUCUCUGGGGGCCCGCCAGCCUACUCCAGCCCCCUGAUGCUCCGGGGGAAACUUGGGGAGCCACGCCGGGUCAAGGUAACCCGUACCAAGUCCUGUGGUCCAUUCAUCCCUCUCCAGCACCACCAGCAGGAGGUGCUCCACUUCUCCUCUUACACCUCCUCCUCUUCUGACCCUCCUCUUCCUCCCACCUCCUCCUCCUCGACCGGGACCUCCACAGCUGCCCUGUACCCCCACCAGGGGUCUGGGGUUGAGUCCCAAAAGCAACAGCAUGGCUCUGGAUCAGGACCCGGUCUCAAUCUCAACCACAACCACCAGCUCGGACCACCCCAGUACUCUGACUCCGUCACCCCAGACGACCCCAUCCGCAGCCUGCAUAAGGCCCUGGCUCUGGAGGGCCUGAGGGACUGGUACCUGAGGAACAGCCUGGGUGGAGUGGCGGUGGGGGGGAAGGUACAGGGGCAGGACAACAGGGGGUCCCCCAGGAGGCGUACCACAAACUCCCUGCACGGGUCACACCCUCAGCAGCUCCCACACCAGCCCCAGAUCUACCAGGGAGACCGAGACAGAGACUAUCCUCCCUGCCACCUGCCACAGUCACAGACCUUCCACGGGCAUCCGCUACAUGGCAGGUCUCUGUAUCAGGAGUCCUUCCCAUCCCAGAUGCAGGAGCUGACCCUGAAAGAACCCAGCACUGACAGAGGUGACCUGCCUACCCCGGGUACACUGGUCUAACAACCAGAGGUGACCUGCCUACCCCGGGUACACUGGUCUAACAACCACAACCAGAGGUGACCUGCCUACCCCGGGUACACUGGUCUAACAACCAGAGGUGACCUGCCUACCCCGGGUACACUGGUCUAACAACAACAAACAGAGGUGACCUGCCUACCCCGGGUACACUGGUCUAACAACCAGAGGUGACCUGCCUACCCCGGGUACACUGGUCUAACAACCAGAGGUGACCUGCCUACCCCGGGUACACUGGUCUAACAACCAGAGGUGACCUGCCUACCCCGGGUACACUGGUCUAACAACCAGAGGUGACCUGCCUACCCCGGGUACACUGGUCUAACAACCAGAGGUGACCUGCCUACCCCGGGUACACUGGUCUAACAACCAGAGGUGACCUGCCUACCCCGGGUACACUGGUCUAACAACCAGAGGUGACCUGCCUACCCCGGGUACACUGGUCUAACAACCACAAACAGACAUGUUACUGACUGAAUGAUACACAGUCAUAUUGUAGAGCAACUUCAUGGACCUCCGUACAAAAAGGAAAAUAUGAAGGACAUUUAUUUACACAAUAUUUGUAUUUUUUCUGCACAUUUUUGGGGGAGAGAAUGAUAGAAGAAUGUGACAUUCUUCUAGAACUCAAAAGAGAAGUCGUUGUGUUUUUUUUAUUUUUUAUUAUCUCCCCCUAAGGGAGCUUUUCUUUGCAUUGCAUCAUCAAAGUCGGAUCAUGCAUUGCCUCUGAUGAUCAAUGAAACGGUGCUUGAAAGAGUCUAGCACUUCAAUCAGUCUCUGGUAGAAAUAUAGUCCAGCUGAACAUUGCUGUACAGUAGUUUAUACAACUAAUCCAGGUAAAGGAAGUUGAAAUGGAACACGGUCAUGGACAGUAUUUACAUGUUCCUCAACUGUUACAGAAAUACUGAAUUUCUCUAAGUGAACCAUCUUCAUCAUCAUCAUCAUCAUCCACAUAGAAUUCCAGGUCUUAGUAGGGACAACAAAUAGAUAAAUACACACAAGACUAACCAAACGAAAAGCACACCCAUAUCUUGUCACACAGACCCUACAGUACUACGAAUCAGGUUGGUUAGGGAAUGGGAAAGAGAUGCCUAUGUUAACUCCGAUACACUGAUUGAUCUCAGUCUACAGAAGGAUCUGCAGUCUAUAAUUACAUUUCUAUGUCAGACAGACAAAAUGAAGGGGCGUGGUUUAUGUCAGCGAUGAGGUUUAGUCAGUUGCUUGUCCACAAGAAACAAUAAAACAAUACCAGCUCCCUCUAGCACACUGCUCUCUCAAUAACAAACAACAACCUGGACUCAGGGGUAGACGUAACAUAGUAAAGGUAAAUCCAGGACACUCCAAUUAGUAUGACAUGUUAAGUUUCAUAUGGUAUGUAUUCAUUUUUGAUGUCCGUCAUCCAUUUCGUAUGAUAUGUUACGAAUUGCAAUUCGUACAAUAUAUUACGAAUUUGCAAAGCAAAUUCCAAUUUGUUAUCGGUAAUAUUAGCUAGGUGGCUAACGUUAGUAAGGCUAGGGGUUAGGAGUUAAAGGGUUAAGGUUAGGUAAAGGGUUAGCUAACAUGCUAAGUAGUUGCUAAAAUGCUAAAACUAUCGGUUUGCUAGACGUUCGUGUUAUACGCCCACCCAUCCACCCCGACCAACAACCCUACAUUCGAUUUUUCCUUAAAAGCUCUACAGGAUCGUGCGCCCCCCCCCCCGCGGGAUGGUUGAGCUAACGUAGGCUAAUGCGAUUAGCAUGAGGUUGUAAGUAACAAGAACAUUUCCCAGGACAUAGACAUAUCUGAUAUUGGCAGAAAGUUUAAAUUCGUGUUAAUCUAACUGCACUGUCCAAUUUACAGUAGCUAUUACAGUGAAAUAAUACCAUGCUAUUGUUUGAGGAGAGUUCACAAUUAUGAACUUGAAAAUGUAUUAGUAAACCAAUUAGGCACAUUUGGGUAGUCUUGAGACAACAUUUUGAACAGAAAUGCAAUGGUUCAUUGAAUCAGUCUAAUACUUUGCACAUACACUGCUGCCAUCUAGUAGUCAACAUCUAAAUUAUGCCUAACCUGGAAUACUACAUUUUGGCCUUUCUCUUGCGUUUCAAAGAUGAUGGAGGAAAGAAAAAAAUAUAUAUAAAAAAAUACACGUUUUUUUUCUUUGUAUUAUCUUUUACCAGAUCUAAUGUGUUAUAUUCUCCUACAUUAAUUUCACAUGUCCACAAACUUCAAAGUAUUUCCUUUCAAAUGGUAUCAAGAAUAUGCAUAUCCUUGCUUCAGGUCCUGAGCUACAGGCAGUUAGAUUUGGGUAUGUAAUUAGCCGGAAAUUGAAAAAAAAGGUCUAAUCCUUAUACUUUCUGUCUUAUGUAACCAAACCAAACAUUACAUAUCAUACUAAUUUGAGUGUCUCAGAUUUACAUUUACUAUAUUACGUCGAGUCUAUGAGACCAGACUGGACACAAUAGCAGCUAGCACCAGUCCUUGUAUGAUGCUUCACAUAAUCAGGACAAAUAAGAGUCAUGUUAUCCCUUUGGCUCCGUUUCAAACACAAAGCGCUGUGUUGUUCCAGACUGCUGCUUGCACUAGUGUCCCAAUAGGUGGCAGCAAAGUGUGCUUAUAUUCUUUCCACUGCCUACCGAGCCCAGCCCACAGAUAAUGAGAACGUCAUAGAUCACUUCGUUCGGAAUUUCUCUUCUCAGCUAAGCAGAACUUUAACCCUUUAACCAAAUAAGAUGCGAGCCGUCUGCUGAAUAAAACAAGCACAAUAUUCUUAUCUAUGACGAGCAGCAGGACAGAGACACUUGGGUAAAGGAGGAUAACCUAAUUUAAAAAAUGUUGGUCAUUUAACAGACGCUCUUAUCCAGAGCAAUUAGGGGUUAAGUGCCUUGCUCAAGGGCACAUCGACAUAUUUUUUAAUCUAUUUGGCUCGGAUAUUCGAACCAGCGACCUAUCGGUUAACCGGUCCAACGCUCCUACUUGCUAGGAUACCUGCUGCCCCAUAUAAAGCCAUGCAAACGACAGCUCAGAUUUGGCUAUGCACCUUAUAAAGGCAAUGUGGUAAACACCGCAUAUGUCGGCUCAAUCACAAAUGACUUUUUAAUGUUUAGAGCGUUAUAACGUGGAUCGUUCAAUUGAUCAUGUCCUAUUGUUCAAUUGACCAUGUCCUAUUGUUCAAUUGAUCAUGUCCUAUUGUUCAAUUGAUCAUGUCCUAUUGUUCAAUUGAUCAUGUCCUAUUGUUCAAUUGAUCAUGUCCUAUUGUUCAAUUGAUCAUGUCCUAUUGUUCAAUUGAUCAUGUCCUAUUGUUCAAUUGAUCAUGUCCUAUUGUUCAAUUGAUCAUGUCUUAUUGUUCAAUUGAUCAUGUCCUAUUGUUCAAUUGAUCAUGUCCUAUUGUUCAAUUGAUCAUGUCCUAUUGUUCAAUUGAUCAUGUCCUAUUGUUCAAUUGAUCAUGUCCUAUUGUUCAAUUGAUCAUGUCCUAUUGUUCAAUUGAUCAUGUCCUAUUGUUCAAUUGAUGUCCUGUUCUUUGAAACUCAGUGAGUUCUUUAAAACAACUGGGGAAAAAAUUCAGAUAGAAAAUGUAAUAUUUGAGUUACACAAUCAUUUCUUUGUCCCAUACUUCCUGGCUGUUGUAGUGGAGAGGUAUGAAGGGAAUGUGAUUUGUGAUCAGAAUGAGAAAAUUUAGAAAUGUUUUUUUGAACAAAAAAUACAACAUGGGGGGGGG